AUUAUUUUAAUCAAUGGGAAAAUAUCCUCAACUGAGGAUUAACAGAAAGUAAAAAAUAAAAAUGGAGGAAGGCCAGGAGGAGGUGAAGGCUGGAGGUUGGAGAGGAGACUGGAUUCUGAGAGGGACUUUGUGAACUGGCCUGGAUCUGAUUCACGUUGUAAGGUCGCCCCCUGGUGACCUAGUGGAGAAUUAGCAGGGCGGUGUGGCCCGUCCACCCUGGCAUCUAUCUUCCCUCAGGCCCUCAGAGUUGGUCAAAGAAAGUAUGACAGCCUGACCCAGGCCAACUUCAGUCAGUCGAGUAGCCUUUAGUCUUACAGCCUCAGUUUCUCCAUGAACAGAAUGGGGACAAUAUGCCCCUGGCACAUUGCCAAGGAGCCCCUGUGCCUGGAUGUGCCCAAGUGAUUGUCACUAAACCCUAAGGACCUACUGCCACCCCCACUUCACAGAGGGGCAAACUGAAGCUCAGAGAAGAGCACUGAGAGGCAGAGGCAGAGACAGGACUGGAAAAUGCAGGACCCCAGGCCUGGUCUGGCUCCUGGUGAGGACCCAACCCCUCCCAAAGGAUUUAGGAAACACGCCCUGGCUGGGCGGACCCGUGGGUGUCCCUGGCGUCCUAAGGUGCCAAUUAAAUGCUCGUGGCCGUCUCCAGGCCAGAGCUGUGGACAGCAGCAUGGCCGAGCCUGGGCCGGAGCCGGGGUACGCUUGGCGAGUGCUCGCCCUGUGCGGGGCUGCUGUGUUCCUGGCGGCGGCUGCAGCCGGGGCAGCCCUCCUGGCCUGGAAUCUGGCUGCCGCCACCUCCAGGGGCCCUCACUGCCCAGAGCUGGAGCUGGGAGUCAACACCACGGUGCCCCCCGGGGACCCCACGCUGGAGGUCCAGGAGCUGCAGCGACAGCUGGCAGAGGCUGCCCAACGCGAGGAGGCUCUGGCCAGGCAGCUGGACCAGGCCAAGGGUGUCCAUCAGGAGCUGGAGGAGGCUUUAAGGGCCUGUGAGAGCCGCCAGAGCCGGCUUCAGACCCAACUGAAGACACUGAAGACUGAGAUGGAGGAGGCCAAGGCCCAGGGGACUCAGAUGGGGGCCGAGAACGGGGCGCUGACAGAGGCCCUGGCGCGAUGGGAGGCCGCGGCCGCCGAGUCCACGCGGCUGCUGGAGGAGGAGCAGCGGCGCGCACGCGCAGCCGAGGCCGAGGGCGGAGCCUGCGCGGCCCGGGAGGCGGCUCUGCGCGAGCGCGUUAAAGCCCUGGAAGCCGAGAUGGACCCCCAGCGAAGACUGCCGCACCCCCGGCCCCGCUCGGGGUCCCGACACCGGCCCAGCCCCCGGCCCCGCUCGCGUUCCCGCCCCACACCCUCCGGGGGCUGCCGGCGGCCGGCGCGGCGCACGCACGGGUGAGUCGGCCCCGUGCAGGACGCGGGCUCCAGCCAGGAGGGCAGGCACUGCCCGGUCCUGGGCGCACGCUCCGCGGUGCCCACGCUGGCUGAGAUGCCCAGUCCGUCUCCAUCAACGCCCAGCUUAAGACCAACCGCUCUGAACGGAGACAAGGAGACUCCAUCCUCUCUCCCCGACCACCUCGAGCUUAUCCUGCAGGCGAGGAGCAGGCUCAUUUAAAGGCCCAGUGAGAUACUGCGGAUCUGGGACUUAAGUCCCCUCUAACGACAGCGGUAGCGUUGCCCUCAUCCCACCGCCUCGGGGACUUAAGAUCCGGCCCUGGCGCGGGAGGGGCCUGGACAGUCACUUCUCCUCCCUGGGCCUCGGUUUACUUUGUGAAAUGAGUGCAGUCAUGUUUGGGGGGCGGGCUUCUCUUUGACACCGAAAACUGACACAGGCAGCACAGUAAGAAAACGGCAGGCCCCUCUUCCUGUAGGAUGGUACGAAACUCCCAAAUGAUAUUUUAGCAAAGAAAACCGAGCAGCACUUUUAAAAUAUGUCCCAUCAAAGGUGACGUAUGCCUGAGGUGCAGGGAUGGGUCACUGUUCCGAAGUUUGCCCAUAAAAUUCACCAUACUAAAGGAUCAAAUGAGAAAAGUUAUGAUAGGACCGUCACAUUCAGGGACAAGGUAAAGAGAACCACCAUCAAGUGUUUAAUACUGUUUUGGCGGUACUAACCAUGCAAUCAGACAAGAAAAACAAGAGAUAUAAAUAGUAGAACAGAGAAAGGGAACGUGUAGGUUGAAUCAUUUGAAAGCACUGUUUAUAUAAGGUCAAAAAUAAUUGAAAUAACUAUUUUAUGUGGUGCAAUUUCAUAUUAUUUUUUGUCUUUUACCUUUAUAUUUGACCUAACGUAAGACUUACAGAAAAAUUGGAAGAUGAGUACAAAUCACCCCUGGGCACUCUUUACCCAGACUCCACAGAUGUUAACUUUGACCAGCUUUGCUGUCUUCUUCCUCCUCCUCCUCCUCCUCCUCCU